GCUUGCCGGUUUCGCCGCCGGGAGCACCGCCCCGCCGUCGCGUUCGCGUUUAAGCUGCCUCCCCUCGCCGUCCACCCACGCCUUCCAUGUGGCCGCGGCGCCAACGCUGAGGCCCAGCCGGAACCGCGCGAGCGACUCUCCGCCAUGGCCGGCCGGUCGUCGUCGAGCAGGCCGCACGGCCACCACCACCGCCGGCACCGCUCCGAGACCUCCGCACCGGCGACCUCGAGGACCGGAGACGCCGCGCGCGUGCGGCGGCAGGCAGAUCAGGAGGGCCCCGCGCUGAGGCGGUCCCCGGCGUUCCCGCCGCGCCGCCAGCAGCCACAGCACCAGCACCAGCACCACCAGCGGUGCGACAGCGAGCGGGGCAGGCAGCCCCGGUGCGGCGAGCUCGUCGGCGGCACGGCGGCCGGGUGCGCCGCCGUCUGCUGCUGCUUACCGUGCGCGAUGGUGGAGGUCGUCGUGCUCGCCACGGUGCGCGCACCGGCGGCUCUGUGCCGCCGCGCGGUCCGGGCGCGGCGGCGCGGCGGCGUCAGGCGGUCGGCCUCGGCGGGGCAGGCCGGGGAGAUCUACGAGCUCCUCGUGGACGAGGGCGGAGCGGUCGAGGCCGGCGAGGCGGCAGUGGCGCGGCCCGCGGCGGUGGCCCCGUCGGAGGAGGCGGGGGAGCUGGAGAAGGAGGUGUGGGCGAGGUUCCAGGGCGCUGGCUUCUGGAGGAGCCCGUCGCAGCUCAGCGACCAGAUGAGCUGAUCGAUCGGAGCGGAUGGCUCCGGCUUGCCGUGUGCCCGCGCUUCUCCCUGCUCGGGGUUCCUUCGUUUUCCACGGACGGAAAGGAUCGGAGCCAGAGGAGGACGAAGAGACUUGCCUGUUUUUCUUUUUUUUUUCUUUCUUAAAAUUGUGUGUGUGUCUCUUUAGAAGGGAAAAAUAAUUCUCUUCUACAACAAUGCAAUGCCAUUGUAUGUAAUUAACUGUAUAUAUAUUCAACGAUGUUACGGACAAAUGGACAAAAAAAAAUUAAGAUAAAGAUGACAGCAAUAUGGUUUG